GCUUUUGAGCUGUAGGGUUGGCAGCAGUGUUGGAGGGCCAGGACGGGAGAAAAGUGGCGAUGCAAGCGGACUCUAGGAGAAACUCAUUUAGUUGUGUUCCGUGUUUUGUGCUGUCGACAUGAGUCAAACGCUAUGUGGGACAUGCGAUCUGUAUCUGUUUGAACGAAAUGUGGAGUGAUACUCAGGUACGACGUGAAACCCAAAUGAUUUCUAUACUGCAGACAAAAAUACUGGCUUCCGUUUAGAAGAUGCUUUGGCUCGUUGAAGAGGAACAACCGUUUGCAAUGGGGCUGAGGGGAACAGCGAUCAAGCGCAAGUUGAGCGACCAGGAUGGGGGUCCACCUGCGGCAGCCGCAGUGGCGGUAGUGCAGACGCCGACCAAGACGGCCAGGCCCGACCAAUGGGGAGCCACCGACGUCCAACAACACCAUCACCAUCAACAACAACAACAACAACAACACCAUAUUCAACAGAAUAGUUACAAUGGUGGUCAGCAGCAGCAGCAGCAGCAGCAGAGGUUCUACUGCUUUGAUGACUACCGUCAGCUGCAACAGCAGCAGCAACAGCAACAGUGCUACGAGCAGCAGCAACAGCAGCAGACGAUAAGGAGGGACGAGAACGGCAAGUCGUACCUGGAGCUCGGCAGCUGGAGUGGUCGCGGCGGCGGGCGUGUGCGGCCGCAGUCGCCUGCGAGUCGCUGCUGCGAGGCGAGGACUAACUGGUGCGUGCGCGGCCCCGCUUGCUACCGGCAGCGGCGACUCGCAGUGCUCAACAUCUCCAUGUGCAAGCUAGGCCGCUACCGGCAGUUCUCCGACCCCAGCCUGCACCGGUCGGUGCUCAUCUGCAACACACUGCGGCUCAUCGAGAAGGAGAUGGAGCAGGAGGGCUACUUCGAUGCCAACACCUCCUCCAAUGAUGUACCCACCUCCACUUCCACCCCCGAGCCGCCCCAAUUCCCCCAAGUGCCUGUGCCCUACGAGCCGCCCCGUGUACCCACGCCCUUCCCGCCCUCAGACUCGUCGUCUUCCUCUUCUACCUCCUCCUCCUCCUCCUCCUCCGUCUCGUCCACGUCCUCGGAUGACGACCGCUCCAUCAACUGGGGCUCCGUCCUGAGCCUGUCCAGCCAGUCCGACCUGGACCCGCUCAACAACAACGACUGUCUCGGCGGAGGUGACUCCUCCUCCUCGGACUUCAACCACGACCUGGACGACUUCCUGCCCGCCUGGAAGGCCGUCGAGCCCUCCUCUUCGGCCGGCGAACUAGAAAGCAUAAUGCACGUGCUCGUCGGCACAUGAUCCGCGCGAUAGGACCUUACCGACUAUUUCGCUCCGCUCCACGGUACUGGUGCUCAUUCUCCAUCGAUGCAACUGGAUGCAACGCAACGCAACGCAACGCAACGCAACCACCAUCCAACAUGUAUCUCAAUCCAAAGAAAACUUUGCUAUUGUGACAGUUCCAAUGUACUUCUUUACAGAAAUGUUGCGGUGUAGUUUUGUUGAUGUGUGCUUCUGUAUUGAAACUCAAUAGAAAUGUUUCACAAGGAAUACAGUUUGACUAACGUCUUCAAAAGACGUUUUAAUACAUCAUGUUUUAUACCUUUAGAAGAAGAUACUCUCCUCUAUUGAUAUAAAAUUUGGUCCAACUUCUUAGCCUUUUUAUGAACCCAUUAUACUUGAACCUACAUUAGAUAGGUUGUGAAAGAUAAUGUUUGGUUCUAUACGGCCUAAAACUGGAUCCUAUCUUUGUAGAUAGAUUUAUUGAUUUUAUUUAUAUAUUAUAUUUGUGCCAAUAUAGAUUUAUCCGGGGUAAACAUAAACAACCCUGGUGAACCUGUAUUUUUACACUUUCAAUGGUAACAUUAGGAGUUUUUAUUCUUUUUGUAACUAUUAUAAAAUUGGAACAUUCCAUUUAUGUGCAAGAAUUUGAGUACGGUAUCAAUAAAAUUUGUUACUUUUACUUGCUGACAAAGGACGCUGGGAAAUGAUAAUUAUAUUUCAUUAAAUUCUCAUCUGAAACUGCAUUUUAAUACAAGUGGAUUAUAAUCCCCAUAAAUUUUAUUUCUAUAUAAAAGUUAUUUUUUAACUAUUCUUAUGAAACAUUUCUAUUUCAAAUUUCAUUAUCGAGAAGUAUUAGUGAUGUAUGAAAGUGAAAUUUAACUUCUUCAAUCAAUUCACCUUGUUCAACGGCUUCUACGUUUGGUGCUCAAAUAGUGGUAAUUUCAUUAAUCUAGCGAGUUGAAUUCUUGCGCGAAAUUGGCCAUAAUUCAUCAAACUUAGAAGUAUAUGAAGCUCAAAAUGUUCAAGAAUAAUGUGGAAUCUCAUGAUAACAAUGUUAUUGGCGCUGAUAAAAGUUUUCCAAGGAGACACAUGAGGGGUAACCUGUUACCUCCAUGAAUAAAUAAAUGAAACGUAGCUAAACCCAGUUCAAUUUUGGAGUAAUAUGAAACAUUUCUACAUCAUUGCUUCAUUUUUGUUGAAUGGCUUUUUUGAUAGCAGAAAUCCUCAUUUUUAUCAUUUGAUUUCGAGAAGCAGUUUUUUUUAUUAAUUAUAACACUUAAUCUGAAUCAAAAUAGAAAAGUUUAGAAUUAUGUACUUCAAUGUUCAUGUAAACUGUGUGAUUUGUCUACCAUGUAAUUCGGUACUACCUACAAAUCAAUUCAAAUCAUCUUCAGUUCAUGUAAACUGAGUGAUUUGUCUACUAUGUAAUUCGGUACUACCUACAAUUCAAUUCAAAUCAUCUCGACAAUAUUUUUGGCGAGUUUGUUUGUGAGUUGGUAUCGAUGUCAAGCAUUAAAGUAUGCUCUCAUUAUCACUUCAGCAAUAUUUUUCUUAAAAUUAUAUCUACCAUCGUUUUCAAGUAAUAGCCAAUUAUUUAAUGAAUAAUUUUUGUUUUGUCAAAUGGAAAAUUUUAUCAAGCGCCUUCAACAUCUGUUUCAAAUAAUAUUGAUCAACGAAACAUUGAAUGAAUACCAGACGAGGCGAAUAAUUCUAUCACGGUAGAAUUACCCUAUUGAAAUUAUUGUCCUGAUGUAACCAGGAAAAGUGAACAAUGUUGUUUACUUGAUCUUCAAGUACCGAUGAACUUGUAUUAUUUCACCGAAGGAAUUGAAUAUAAUUUAUGUGUAAUAAAUGUGAUAAUUGUUAUGUGUCUUACAACUUUGAAAGAUUUAUGUGAAUAGCUACUCUAAAUGUUCUCAAAUCUCUCUGUGUCUGGAAAAAUAAUUCAAUCAUUCUGUAAAUUGUAAAAAGUAUUGUUCUCCUUAGAUAAUCAUUACUCAAUGUAUUUCCUAAUAUAAUAUUUAUUGCCAACAAUUUAAUUACAAAAAUGUCAGCUUCUCUGGAACUUUCAUUCACAAUCCUUGGGGGUAUAAUUUUCUGGAUAAAUCUUUUGUAUCAGGUACACCAAUGAAUCAAAUGCCAUAUUGUCGUCAAUAUCGUGUAACUUUUAUUUAUUCAUUUCUCCUGAGGUGAGAUUCAAUCGGUUUAGGAAGUUUAUACGUUUUAUAAGAACCAUAAAUGUGUAUAGCAAAUUAUUUUAUUUUCAAUUACAAUGGAGAGCAUAAUAUAUUUUCACAAAAGAUAGUUUUAUCCGUGCAAUACUAAUCAAUCUUUAGAUCAAAUUUAUCGAUAAAUAGUUUUUUAUUUAAUAAUAUUAGACGCGGAAUUACUUAACGGAAAUUUACUUGCCAAUCUUGAGAUAUUAGAAAAAGUUAUUCAGUGUUUCAAACCUCAACACUGGAUGCAGUCUGUGUAGAGCACUGUCAAAUUAGGUUUUCCUGUAGUUGGGUUAUCAGACAGCCAAUCUUUUUCAUACCAGAUUUUUUUAAUUUGUCCAGUUCAUUACAAUUGAAUUGUAGCAAAUAUAUAAAUUUCAAACACUUCACAAGCCAUUAAGAUUGAUCCCCAUUUGAUAAAGAUGGAUUGGUUUUCUGUUGUAUUCGUAUUGUUAAUCACUAUCAAAGAAAUUAUUCCAAGCAUAAUCAUUCUUAAAUUUGCUGCAUCAACUCAUGAACCUACAUUACUGAGUUUUUCAAAUUAACCGAAAGUAUCCUUCUUCAUGGGGUUCAUCCGUGAUCAUUUUUCAUGUAUAAUGUGCUCGGAAGUACAAGGGUAUUGAUAAAUUUAUUAAAUUUGUAGUAACUUUCAAAAUAAAAGUUCUCUUGUUCAAUAAAUGAAAACUGAAUACUAACAGAAAAAUAAUUUGCAAUUUACUGAUAUUUAUCUUGUAAUGAUUUCCAGAGGCAAUAAAAAUAAUCUUAAAGAUACAAUGUGACCAAGGAAUAACCCAUCCAAUCUGGUUGUAAUUUAGGCUAGUAAAUAGACAUGUAAGUAUUGAACCAGUUUCAGUAUGUCUAUAUGUUCAAAGUUGAUAUAGUUAUCCCAAUAAUAUUUGUUAAAUAACUACUUGAUACUAUGCAUUUAGGGUCAAAUUUAUUGUAUUUGGUAAUGAUUGAUAAUGAAUGAAUUUUGUACAUUAUUUGUAAAAAGUAAAUGGUUAAUGUAUAGAUUAUUUGUAAAAUACUGAAGAACUCGUUAUAAUCAUGAUUAUAACCCUUCCGAAAUGUAUUGCAAUUUAGCGUUUCCAUUAAUUGGGAUAAGUGAUAGUAAAUUUUCAGACUCUGAACUUUACAUUUAAAUUUGAAAAUUACAAAAAUUGGAAGAAACUAUUUUUAGAUUGACCAAACAUGUUUCAAUUUUUAAACGUUGAUAAUGUUCAUUAUUGUCUUCCAGGAAUUGAAUAUUUCUGGUGGUUGUUACCCGUAUUCACAGUGAUCAUAACUUUGCAAUUCAUCUGCUACAAUAUUAGAAAUAUUCCAAAUUUCAAUCUGUCCAUCAUUUGAUUUCAAAAAAUACAUUGUUAUAUUUAACUUCAAUAAAUAUAUAUUUUUAAAACCAUUUUUAUGGUUUAUUUUGAUAUUAGCCUAUCAACGAUAGUAAAAUUUAAAAUACGGUGAUUUAAUUUUUAUUUGAUUAUAACCGAAUUGAGUGAACAAGUUGAAUGGGAAUAAAUUAAUGUCUGAAUUAACUUCAAAAAGUUGUCGCUCUCAUUCAAAUCAGACGUAUUGAAAAGUUCAACUUUUCGAAUGUUAUUAAAGCUUUCGUCAUUUAUCCUCAAUUUUAGAAUCAAUGUGUAAGAAACAUAUUUUGUAUAUAUUUGUAAAUACAUUUAGAGUAUUUAGCAUUGAUGGCAUUUCUUUUUACAGUUAUUGAAUAGUUUUAAUCUGUUAUCUAUGUAUGUUCAUCUCCACCUUCUAGUCCAGAAUAUUAAAAUUGCAGUGUAUUUUAAAAUCAAAUUUGUAGUUUGCUAAUGCCUACAAACACUUUGUAAAAUCCUCUUCAUUAUUUGUUAUCAAUUAAGACGAGUCCAAUAUUCAUAUUAUGUACGAUUAUAGUAUUAUUAUUUUAUUCUUUGAUCGAGUAUUUUACGUUCAUAGAAAUAUCUAAAUUAUUAUGUAACUUGAAAAUGGUGCUAUUUCAAGUCUCAAGUUGAUUAAAUCUUUUCAAACAAAACAAUCGUCUCAUGUAACUUUGCACUCAGAAAAUAUAAAAGUUUUCUGAAACCCCAUUUCUCAUUAUAUGUCGGAUUUAUUUUGUGAAUCAAAAUACAUUUUAAAUGUUAAGAGUACAUAAAUUUUGAAUUAUUUAAUUCUUUGAGUUUGUUCAAGGAAUUAUUAGAAAUGAGAUGGUUCUCACAAUUUAGCUGAUUCUUCAAAGCAUAAGACAUUGACUUCCAACACUGGAUCAAAAAGAAUGAAUAAUUAUAAAAAAAUGUCAAAUUCUUUUCAACUUCUUAUUUCAGAGUUCCAAACCUACUGUAUCAAUGGCCUAAUAAUGAAAUCACACCAACGAAUACUUCUGUGAAAUAAUUUGAGACAAUAUACUGGACAUCAAACUUGUAUUAUCAUGACUUUUUUUGUUAUUUUUCAAUAAAUGGUUUGAUAUCUUACCUACUUUUGACAAUAGCUGUGGAUCGGGGUACCGUAACUGAUCGGAGUUGAAAGUUUGUGUUUGGCAGGGUCUAGACUCAAUCUUGAUAUUUAUUUUUGGUUUCUUCAAAAUUCUCUAAAAAUCAGUUCAAACCUAUGGGUGCUAUUCUCACACUGCUAAAAAAGUUGCAAUAUAUCAUCUAGUUGUAAUAGAUCAAACUUCAGAAUACAGUAAAUCAAUUCAUUUACUUUCAAACUUACUUGGCUCUAAUUGUAAUCUAUUGAACAAUGUAUUAAGCAGAAAAUCAAACAAGAAUUAUUAAUUAUACUUACCGUUGGUAUAUAAUAAAAAAUAUAUGUAUUGGAGAAUUGUUAUUGAUAUAAUGAUUUAUUGCUCAAUCGGUAUUCAUACAUUUGUACAUCAACAAGUUAAUAUUACUCUUGCUAAUGGAAUACUCUUGAAAUUGCUCUGCAUUGGGAGUUGUAAAUUGUUACAGAGCUCUCCUGAAUUCAGAACCAUCAAUUUUCUAUGAAUUUGGACGAGUUUUUUUAAAAGGCCAAUUAGGCAUUCGUCCACAUAAAUUUUAUUCAGAAAUUAAAUUCACAAAAGGCUUCUAUGAAUCUGCUGCUUAAACUUCAAAUGCCAAUCUCUUGUGUUAAAUAAGGAACAGUGAUGCUCUCCUGUGCUAAAAAAAUAAUCUAUUUGGAAACCAAUAAAAACAACUCAUUAAUUUUUCGAAAAAAUCUAUAUUAAUUAUUGCUAUAAUACUGUUUGAAUUUAGCCCUAGAUUCAGUUAUAUUGUGAACACAAAAGUCAUAGUGUAUCCGAAUAAAAUAUCCAAUUGGAAGCUUAUGCUCAAAGUAUGAAAUCAAUUGCAACUUCUAAUAAUGCUAUAGUAGGAAAUGAAUCUUAAUUCAACCGAAGUUUUCAAUCUCAAAAUCGAAUCUGUUAGAACUAAAUUCUUUGAGAACCCCUUUGUUAUCUAGGAGACUCAAGAAGAUUCUGGUAGCAAGAAAAUAUUUCCUAGAUGCUCUACCCCAUAUUGUGUGUCUAGAAAUUGAAACUGUGGGCAAAUGUGUGCUACGAAUAUAAUGUUUUGAAUAACGUACUAAAAUAAUUAAGUGGACAAAUGUGAAUAGAGUUCAUAAACAUCUAGAUGUCAACUGAUUUAGGUAUCAAUUUUGUAUAAGAACUGCAAUAGACAUUUGAAAGUUAUUACCUAUUUCAGUUUUAUAAAUUGCAAAAAGUUGAAAAAGUCAAUUAUCACACAAUUUCAAAUACUUACAUUAAACGUGAGGAGAAAAGUAUUUAAAAAUCAGAAUAAAAUAGCUUCAGAUUGUUGUCAGGAAUAUCAAAAAAAUUAUCCACUAAUUUAUUUUGUUACUGUAUUCAAAAAAUCAUAUUCCUAUAUUAAAAUCAUAAUUACUGUGUUGAGAUGGAUUGGUGUUGCCUGUGAGUGACAAUCGUGAAGGUAUUGAGGAUUUCUGUAUGCAAAAGCUUCAUAAAAUUAUUAUUUCAUCAAACAGUGUACAGUAUGUUUAGUUUAAGUGGAGAGAGCGUGUUGCUUUUGAGUUAUCGAAAUUUGACGUUUCAUACUUUGACAACACGUUCUGAACAUAAUUGUGCUGUGAUAUUUGUCUUGUACAAUUGUUUAUUAUAAUUGAUAAUAUAUAAAGUAUAUAUGAAUACUAAAUGAUAUUUUUUGUGGCUACUAAUUUUCUGGUUAGUAGACUGGAAGUGAUGACUUCGCAAUAAUUUACUAUGUAAUAAUGUAAAUAGAUAAUUAUAAAUGGAAUAAUAUGAUUAUAAUUUGAUAAAAAUUGCAAAUAUUUGAUUGAAUUGUGAGAGUCUGAUGGAGAGAAAAUGUGUAAUGGUGUGUAUAACAUAAAACCCCAUUUAAAAAUAUUAUGGAUUUCAUUGAAUAAAAAUAUCUAUUACUUAGA